CGGGCAAGCCGGCACACGCCCACCGGCUGCGGCAGCGCUCGCUGCGGAUGUCCUCCCGGCAGUCCCCGGAGAGGCAGCCGCUGCCCUUACUCGUGUUCUCUGAGCGGAACAAAACAGCCUUCCAACAAACCUAAAAGCUCCACCUCUACUCCCCCGUGAACUCUUCUCCUAAUUGGCAGCUCGGCGCUUGGGAUGAUGCGGGCGUCUGCGGGCUGGCCCUGCAGUGCCAAGCCGCAGCCUCUCCGUCCGGCUGAAGAGGGUGAGGGCUGCCCAGGCUGGACCCUACGGUGGUGAUCCACGGCGCGUCGGGCACUGUGCGAAACCGGCGGGGACGCCGCCCCUCCUGCGGCUGGAGCGCUUCCAGAGCAGAGGCGCAUCGCAGUGCCGCUCGCCCCGGCGUCCUCCCUUCAGCUCCGGCUCCUCCUCCCCCCUCCAGCCCCGGCUCCUGCAGCCGGCUCCAAGAGGCAGGAGGGCGCGCCUCCCCCUUCUUGUCCUCCCCCUCGUCUCGCUCUCUCCCGGAUAACUUUCCGGAGCCCCGACCAGCGGCGCGGAGCUCCCCUGGCAUCUGAGGGGCCCACAGCCGACCUCGGGCGGAGAGCCCGGCUGUCCCCACCACCCCAUCCCAAGCCCCCAGAGCGCUCGGGAGAGAACAGGACCAUGUCCCGGGCUGCGAACCGAGGCAAUACUCAGGCGAGAUGGCUGGGCACUGGGCUUUUGGGUCUCUUCCUGCUCCCCACGUACCUGUCUUUGGAGGCAUCUGUGGGAAAGGCCACCACCAUCUACGCUAUCAACGGCUCAGCGAUCCUGCUGCCCUGCACCUUCUCCAGCUGUUACGGCUUUGAGAACCUCUACUUCAGGUGGUCCUACAAUAACAGCGAAACAUCCAGGAUUCUCCUUGAUGGGAUCGUGAAGAACGAUAAGUCUGACCCUAAGGUGAGAAUGAAGGACGAUGACCGCAUCACUCUAGAGGGCUCCACUAAGGAGAAGACGAACAACAUCUCCAUCCUUUUGAGUAACCUGGAGUUCAGUGACACGGGCAGAUACACCUGCUUUGUGAGGAACCCCAAGGAGAAGGACUUGAACAGCUCUGCCACCAUCUUCCUCCAGGUGGUUGAUAAAUUGGAAGUAGUGGACAACACGGUGACGCUCAUCAUCCUGGCUGUGGUGGGCGGGGUCAUUGGACUUCUUGUCUGCAUCCUGCUGCUGAAGAAGCUCAUCACUUUCAUCCUGAAGAAGACCCGAGAGAAGAAGAAGGAGUGUCUCGUGAGUUCCUCUGGGAAUGACAACACAGAGAACGGGCUACCUGGCUCCAAAGCAGAAGAGAAGCCACCCACAAAAGUGUGAGGCCCUGCUCGGGGCCAAGCAGAGCAGAAAGCCUCACUUUCUGAUGGUGAUAUGGAUGCUGAGUCCUGUCUGAGAGGUGUGCUGCUUGGCCCAAACUGUUCUAUCGGAGCAGGAAGGACCUGGCCCUGCCCAGCUGCCAUUCCCUCCCCAGCCUGGGCUUCCUAGGGACAAGGGUUGACUGGGGGAAGAAGCCUACAGGAGGUUGAAGACAGGGAAGGGAGGGGCUGGAGUGGCGUGGAAGGUUUGGUCCCAGCUCCAGUGCCCCAGGUUUGGGCAAAUGGGGUCUCUUUUAGACUUCCCCUCUGUGAAGCUUUGCUUUCUCCUCAGUUUUCCUUCUGAUCUUUAUUACCAGGAAAUCGGGGUGAUCAGUGAGGGUUGCUCCCAAAACUGAGGUCUGGAGACGGGUGACCACUUCAGAAGCUGGGAAUGCACGAGAACUCUAGGAUGGAGUCUUCGGAGGGGUGGGGCCACUUGUGAGAGGCAAGCUGGGCUUUGAAGAGUAUCAGGCUUCUGGAAGUUCCUUCAGAGGAGACUUCUCUUUCCCCCACCCUAGAAUACCUGCCCACACUAUCCUGGCUCCCUGACCAGCCUCCUGCUCUGAAUUUGUAGACCCUCCAGCUAGGCCUGGCUGGCCUGGUCUUCAAGUGUCCCAGCCUACCUAGCCUGUCUUUGCUCUCUGGGCUGCAGCUGCUGAGGAGGCUUGUGAGGAGGGGCAGCCUCCAUCCUUCCUGGAGCACUGGGGUGCUAUACGCAGCUUUUCUGGCUUUGCUUUUUGGGUUCCAGAGGUGGGAGGGUAAUGUCCUGAACCUCCCAGCCUUUGGAAUGCCUACCCCAGCCUACAAGACUGACAGCCCUUCUCCUUGGCACGGCAGGACCAUGCCACCCCGACACUUCCGGAGCUCAGUUUUCCACACUUCUUCCCUUCUCUUGAAACACCUGGCAUUGCCACCUUACCUGAGGGAUGGUUUCCUAGGAUUUCUCAUCCUGUACCUUUGCUCCUUCUAUGUCCAUCCAGCAUGCCUGGCCUUCCCUUGCUCCCAGGUCUGCCCCGUCCCCAGCUCUGGGUCAGCCUUUGCCUCAGGGACUCUGGUUUCCAGAUGAGAAGGCCCUUAGCUUUUCCAGCUUCUUUUUGCCCAGCUGGGCCAACUCCUCACCCAGCCUGAGGCUGAGGAUGAGCUGGGAGAGGGUACUCACACCUUCUCUUUACUUCUUGCAGAGCCGGUUUGCACAACCCCUGAGUGUGGGGCUAGAUUGUGCCUUAGUUCCCUGAGUCCUGGUUCUGAGCCCCUUUUCCUUCAGCUCACACCCCGUGACUUAAUUGCACAGUUUGGUGUGACUCUGGUGGGGCUCCCCAGCUCCUAACUCCAAGGUCAUGGAGGAGACCAUGAAGCUGGUGUUUUGUAAACAAUGGCUCCGUGGCUAGUGACAGUCUUGGUGACCCCUGAGGGGCACCCUUGUUGUUGUCCCUGAUAUGGAGAUAGGAUGGCAUUUGAUGUGGGAUCUUCAGAUGGGUUGGAUUGUGUGCAUACUGUAGUGCUAGGGUUCCUGUGAUGUAUGAGAUGGGAUGCCCAAAGACCCUCUUCCUCAUCAGAUUUCUGAUGCCCUUGAUAUGCCAGAAGACAGAGACUAGUCCUCUUCAGAGGGUGUAAGGACUGAUACAGGCUCUGCCCAGGAGUAGUGGAAGGCUCCCCUAAAGUGGAAGUUGGGAGGGGCUAAAGAACAAUGGGAUCUGUAGGUGCCAUGGCUAUGGCUAGUGUCUCUUGCCCAAGCCAAGGGGCUCUUGGGGAUGCCUCCUCUUCCCCCAUUCUUAUUUACCCAGAACUCAUUGUGAGCUGGGUAAAAAUCGCCUGUCUUCUGCUUUUUACAUAUUUAUUUGAGCAGAGUCUCAUGUACCCCAGGCAGGCCUCCACAUCCUUAGGUAGCCAAGACUGGCCUUGAACUCCCCAUCUCCUUGCCUCCAUUGCCACAGUACUGGGACGAGAGGUGUGAGUCCACACGCUGCUUAGAGUAACCUGGCUCUGAGAACCAAUGUGGCACCAAAACCCCCAGCCAUUCAGGAGACUUCCAGCUGCCUUCAUGUAAAACUGCUUUCUCCCCGCUGCCCUGACCCUGGGAGAGGUGAAGUGUUGUGGGUUCUUCUUGCUUUCCUGAGAGGAGACUGAGGCAUACAGCAGGAGAGAGGGAGGGACUCCCCCUUCCCAUCUUCCUGUUCACUGUCAGCGAAUAGGCAGCCCUUGCAGCAUCUCCCAUCUACCCAAAGGGUGAAAUAAUACCUACCUCACAGGACUGCAGUGAGGCUUGGUGAGGUUUUUUUGUUUGGUUGGUUGGGUUUUUUUGGCCUGGCUUGGAAAGGCAUAGGGAAACAAGGCUAAUAACUUGAGAGGAUGUUCCAUGUCUAUCCUGUCCUCAUCUCUGGUUUGCAUCGCAGUAACACGCAUACACCUCACUCUUCUUCCUUUUGCAACCUUAGGUGCCGUGACUCAGACACUUAAAGCAUCUUUGUCCACCGCACUUGUGUUUUGACGGAGGUGCCUGGGACUAUGGGACUUUUUUAAUAUUGUCAUUGCUCCAAUGCCUUUGAUAACACUAGUGUUUAAUGGAUAGGGAUUAAGAGCACAAAUAUCUUAACAAAUAAUGUCUGGCCCCAGUGCUAGCGGCAUGCCUGUGCAGACAUUGCCAUGGAUUGUGUUAGAAUGUUUAUUUGCAAAGCCAUUUCCCCUAGCCAGACCCUCUUGGGGGCAAGUCUUCAAUAGCGAUCUCAGGGCCACUGAGGGUGUUCCCUGUGCCAGUGGGCCACAGCACCCCUUAUAUGGUUGACUCUGGGAAGCCUGGACCCAUGCAGUUGUGUUGACAUUGAUGUCAGUGAGACCAAAGACAAAGCACAAGUCCCUUAUCCUUGACCUCAAAAUAAACUACUGCACUUGAGGGCCCAGAUCUCUUUGGCAUAGAAACUGAGCAGAAGGCAACUGGAAUCCACCUGCAGUGCUGGAGGGCCAAUGGGAAUGACAGACAGGGAUGGGGGCAGCAGAAUUUCACACAUCUGACUGACCAGCUUCUGCGGAGCCGGGGGGUUGGGGGAGCACCUGUGUGGAGUGCCUGUGGUGUGUGGGAUGUGGAAAGGCAUGCCUAGUCAGUCUGCAGGCGCAGAGGCAUGACUGUGCAUGCAAGGGGUGAUGUGGGAUGCAGGGGGUAGGGGUGGGGCUCUGCAUCUUCAGUAGCCUGAACUGGAGACUGAAGAAGGGUUAAGAGAAACAAACAACUGUACUGCUGGAUUCUACUGGGUAACUCCACAUCAGGGUGACAGACAGCUGCCACAGGAGGGCUGGGGCAAGGAUGCCCAAAGGAGGGAUUUGUGGGAAAGUCCUCUAGCUUGCUGCAUUUUAUUUUGUCCCAGGUUGGAGUCCCUGCUCUCCCAUCUCCCACUGGAUAUGCAGUGCUUUUGACUAUCUUAUGCAUGGUUUAUUCCUCUGGCUUGGAUAACAGUACCCAUAGUCAAUUUUCCUAUCUAACUUUAUAGAUCAGACAAUACAGUGAUGGGGUGUGAGAACCUCAGGUCCACGGUGCCUCCAGGAGGCACCGAUGCGCACAUGCCCAGCACCUGUGUUUAAGCACAGAUUGAAUGCGAUUAAGUUGUCUUGCCUCUACAACACAUUUUGCAUUGUAGAAUUGGAUUUAGCUUUGCUUUGGAUGAAAUAAAAAUUAUUUUUUAAUAA